GCGUCUGAUCAAACAUGGCAGGUCUAGAAUUAUUGUCAGAUCAAGGAUAUCGUCUUGAUGGAAGAAAAGCUACUGAAUUGCGCAAAGUACAAGCUCGUAUGGGUGUUUUUGCCCAAGCUGAUGGAUCUGCAUACAUAGAACAGGGAAAUACCAAAGCGCUGGCAGUUGUGUAUGGACCACAUGAGGUGCGAAUGUCCCGCAGCAAGACCCUCCAUGAUCGUGCUGUCAUCAACUGCCAGUACAGCAUGGCAACCUUCAGUACAGCAGAGAGGAAAAGGAGACCCCACGGGGACCGCAAAUCUACAGAGAUGAGCCUACACCUCAAGCAGACGUUCGAGGCAGCAGUGUUAACUAAUCUAUACCCACGCUCUCAAAUAGACAUCUAUGUCAAGAUCUUGCAGUCAGACGGAGGGAACUACAGCGCGUGCGUAAACGCUGCCACACUGGCAGUGAUCGAUGCAGGCAUUCCAAUGCGUGACUAUGUGUGCGCUUGUACAGCCGGCUUUGUGGACGAGACACCGUUGGCAGACCUGUGUCAUGCUGAAGAGAGUGGAGGGGGCACUUCGCUGGCCCUGGCACUACUACCCCGUGGUGGGCACAUUGCCCUUCUACAGAUGGAUGCUCGACUUCACCAGGACCACUUAGAGACCCUGAUGGAGGCAGCCAUGACAGCCUGUAAGGGUGUCAGCAAAGUGUUGGACCAGGUGGUGCGGCAGCAUCUUCAGGAAGUGUCUGCGCUGACCGGAGAGUGAUGUGGGCUAAUUUGGACUUCUGGUGAAUUCUGGCCUGAGGUUAAUGACCAGGGAGGAUAGAGGAGCAAAGUAUGCUUUUUUUUGUUGGUGUGAUUUACACAGUCAAGAGUUUGUAAUCAGUUCCUAUAAAAAAGGACUUAAGCCUUAAUGUAUUAUGUUUUUGAAUAAUAUUAACUUGACCAAAAUUAUUUUUCAAUAUAAGAAUGUGGGAUUGAGUAAAUUAAUCAGAAAAGAUUCU